CGGUCGGAGGAAAUCCUAAACCGCCUGCCGCUUGCGCGCUUAAACACACACAAACACACUCACACACUCCAGGCACGCUACACCAGAGGAUGGCUGUAUCCAGCAGGAGAAUGAAUGAGGCUGGCAGACGGCGGGCGUUUACCCUGAUCCUCAGUGCACUUCUCCUUCACAAUGCCGUGCACUGCCAGGAGGCAGAGACAGACAUGCCCAUUCUCAUCAUGACCGGACCCACACUGCCAUUCGCUGAGGCGCAGAGGGGAGAUGGGGACCCAAUUCCUGAUGUAGACACCCCAGCACCUGAUGUGGAUCCUGCUGACACAGACCCCACCGGCUCCGUCCAGAACCCCACGGCCGGCCCGGCAGACACAGACGCAGACAUACGGGUCCAAACCAUCGUCUUCCCCACCAUCUGGGAAGUGGACUCCAGCCAGACAGCCGAGGCAGGCACACCUGCGCCCCCGGAGGGGGACAGUUUGGCCACCACAGGACCAGGGAUGGUGCUGGACACACUGCCGGCAGAGUUUUGGAACCCUGUUGUGAUUGAUGGAGAAUCGGGCCAGAACAAGGCUGAUGUCCAGUGUGUUGAUAAGGAAGCAGUGUUGGACAGAGACGCAGUGAAGCUGGAGCUGACUUCCACAACCAGCUGUGAGGACACCAAAGCCAGGAUCGUGGGCGUCAUUGAGGACCUGUGUGGGGAGGACUGUGCGCUGAAGAUCUUCCAGGAGGAGAACUCCCACCACAUCAUCGUUUCAGGACAGAACAUCGAAGCGGAUGCCAAAGGCAUGGCCGACAAGUUCAGCAGCGAGGGGAUUAAAGACCAGCUCGGGGUGGUGGAGGCCGUCCCGCGCUGGGGGAAACACCCUCCCACCGUCCUGGUGUCCCUGCUGCUCACUGGGCUGCUGCUGGCGGCCCUGCUUAUCGGAGGGUACUGUCUGAAGCACCACCGCGCCCACCAUGCCAAGGGAAUCCGCCUGGCUGAGGAGUCCUUUCCCGUGGAUGAGGAGAAUCAGGGAAACACUCUUGUGUCAGUGGCCCCCCUCCCACAGGAGCCCCAGCAGAAGCCCAGCGCUAACGGGGAGUCUCCCGACGGGGGCAAACCCCCAGCCCCCGACACCAACGGCCCCUCGGCUACCCAGACCCCCGUGGCCGACACGGAGCUGUGAGACCCCCCCUCCCCCCAA